CUGUUCUUAAUGCUCCUGGCUGCAGUUCCAAAUCUAAGUGUUGACAUUGUCUCCAAUUCAUUAUAUGGAGAAGGAGAUCAAGUAAUGAUCAGAGAUGUCUUAGCAUUACCACCUAAAGAUUCAGUAAGGAUCCUGGUGAGCUUGGACUCUCUGUAAGGGACAUGACUCAUUUUCUUAUCAGUGAGAGCAUGAAUCACUUUUCCUAGUCUUCUUCAAGCUGGGUUCCUUGGACAUUGGUUUUUGCAACCUUCUCAGAGCCAGCAAGGUCAACCAAGUAUAGAUUUCCAGACUUAGAUGAAUGGUCAUCAAGGUUCAUUUGAGCUAUAUUCAUGAUGAAGAUAGAGUGAGAUCUAGAAGAUACAUCAUUCAUCAUUGUGCUCGCAAUAGUUCGGUUGGAGUUGCCAGUCUUCAUGAUUUCAUAGAUUUCGACUUCUGAUGCAAUGUAUUUCUCAGUAAGAUCUUGAACAUAAAUCCCUUUCUCUUUACUUUGCUUGAUCUGGAGAUUAACUUUAGACGGUUCAAGCAAAUCUUUUAUCUUCUCCAUAUAGAUUUCUGUCAUAGAUACUUUGAUGGUGUACUCAAUGUUGCCAUCAGUAGAAUUUAUCCUAUUGAAAAUGGUUCUGACCAUUCUUGGAACAAUUCCUUGUUGCUCAAGGUCUUCAAUAUCAGGCCCUUGCAUAGUAUGGGUUUUACCAGAGCCAGUUUGCCCAUAAGCAAAGACAGUUCCAUUGAAUCCUUGAAGGACACCCUCGAUAAUAGGCUUGGCAGCUGCUUCAUACACUUCCCUUUGUGAUACCUCAGAAUCAAAGACUUUAUCAAAGAAUCUCCAUCUUUAUCAAUCUCGCUCUGGCUCAGUGGUCUGAACCUACAGAUGACCUUGACAUUCCCAAUGGUCGCUUCUUUGUCAAGUUUUGAAGUUUCCUGAGUUUCUUUGGUUUCCAUAGUUUUCAACAAAUUUACUAAUUUUUCAAUAUUUUCAGUAUAA